AUGGGAUUGGUCCUUCACUGGCUGGCGCUGACGCUAGCGGCGGCAAAUUUCAAGUGCACGGCAGGAUGGAAUUUUUGGAGUUCGCAGCAUCUGCACCUCCAGCAGAGACAGCAGCUGGAAUGGCAGGAGCUCACCCUGAUGGAGAAUGAGAGCACCGGCUUGACCGGAGGAGCGAGACUACCCUUCAAAGAGCUGCCAACUCACUACCACCCUGAGCCCUACGGAGAGAUUUAUCACUUCACGCGGGGCAACGGCCAUGUGACUCUGCAUGAGUACACGGAUUGGGUGAACAUCCCAGCAAGGAUGUUGCAUGGCAUCGAAGCUGGAAGUGAAGGCUGUGAAUUCUUGUGGAUGUUCCCUGCAAGGAGAUGGAAGGCCAUCCCUUACCUCUACGUCGAUCCCACACUGCCCGACCGCAACGUCCCGGACCACUGGGUGGCACCGCUGCCUUUGGGUGCCGAUGCAGCCACCUGGGCAGCCAUGCGACACCGCGCUGCCGCCACAAACGGUGAUGCGGUCCAUGUUGAGCAUCGCCUUUUGGAAGGAAUCACAAGCUCAAGAUAUCCUAGCAACAUUGCUUUGCAGAAGCUGACAGUUUGGGCCGAAGGUUGGCAAGGUGCUUUAGAAUUGCUCCUGGAGGCGCGCCAACGCUCAGUGCAGACCGCCAUCCACCCCACGGUCGAAAACCUCGCCGAGGAGGCCCGGCGCGGGGCCGAAGCACUUCGGCCUUUCUGGGACGCAGCCCCCAGCCGCAGGAGUUUGUUGGCUCGUUGGAGUCACGCACUGGACCUGUUUUUCCAAGAGAUCCAAUGCGGCUCUCCUCAGACCUUGGAGGAUUAUCGGGCGGCGAUCAAGGCGUGUCCGCGGUUCUAUUGGAAGCUGUGUUUGCAUCUUUUGGAGCAGAUGAAGACAUCCCUUGGACCAGACCGCCUUAGCUAUCGAGAAGCCAUGCGCACUUGCAAUCGUGGCUUGUACAGCUAUGAGGCGGCCUUGGGUCUCUUCGAAGACAUGACCGUUCAACAGCUGGAGCCCACCGUGGAGGAACACAACGAAGUGCUUUUGGCCUACAUCACCGGAAAUCGCUGGGAAGAGGCAUUUCGGCACUUUGCCAAGAUGCAGUCAGAGGGUCCACCUCCCAAUGUGCAGAGCUACUGCAUGGUGCUCUAUGCUUGUGCUGACUCGAGUGAGGUGACCGCCUGGUCGUCUGCCAUCCGAUACUGGUCCGAUAUGCGAGAGGACAAGAUCACCCCUGACUUCGACGCUUAUGAUAUGCUGCUCUUAGUCGCAGAGCGUAGUGAGCGAUGGGAUUGGUCGCGGCAACUGCUGGACACACUCUUCAAGUUAAAUGCGCCAUACACGGUCACCAUGUUCAAUGCGGCCCUCAACGCAGCACGUCGGGGGAAGCGCUGGGAGCUAGCGCAGUCCUUGAUAAGGGACAUGUCAGAUGAGCUGCUGCUCCCCACCAUUGUGAGUUAUUCAUUUGCAGUGGAUGCCUGUGAAAAGGCGGACCGCUUCGAUGUGGCCACACAGCUGUUGGAAUCGGUGGACGAGCUGGACCUGAAGACCUGA